AUGACAGACUCACCUAUUUCUAGAAGUAAGGUACCGACAACCUCAACCAUACCACUGACUGAGAUGACAGGGACCACUGCUAUCUCACUUGGGACCAUCAAUGAGUUCUCUCACAUCUCUGGGCCAGUGACGACAACAGCUUUCAUGGACACAAGCUCUGGAGCUGGGCCCACAACACCUCCAAUUUUGCUCAACUCCUCCACUGCUUCUGCCCCAACAUCAGGCCUGACUUCAAACCUGGAAGUCACAGCUUCUCCUGAGGCAAUUUCUGCACUGGGAACAGCCUCAGCAUUGACCACUGCAUCCUCAGCAUCGAUCAUUGGGUCUACUUCUCGUAGCCCUGUAACUGUCAUUGGAACCAACCUGGCCACUCCAUCCCCCACUGCUUCAGCUGUGUCCAGGGGCUGA